AUGUUAGCAGAAUUGUCUCAUAGAGAAUUGAUAAAGUUGGCGCAGAAAAGAUGUAUACCACCUUUAUUGCCAAAGUUUCAUAAGGGACAGUCUGGUGGGAGAGUUUGCAUUAUUGGAGGAUGCGAAGAUUAUACAGGGGCACCGUAUUUCAGCGCCAAUGCUACAGCCUUGAUGGGCUGUGAUUUGACACAUGUCAUCUGCGAAUACAACGCUGGUACGGUCAUUAAAUCGUACACCCCAAACCUAAUGGUUCAUCCAUACCUUCGUAUGAGUAACACCAAAUUAGACGUUGAUAUGGACGAACAAAGGAAGAAAAUCAAUUCCUUAUUGGAUAGAAUCCACGUUGUGGUAAUUGGACCCGGCUUGGGUAGGGACCCCCUAAUGUUAAAAUCCAUUAAGGAUAUCAUAAGAUAUAUACUUGAAAAACAUGAGGGCAAGAUCCCGUUAGUAAUUGAUGCUGAUGGACUGUUCUUAGUAACUCAAGAUAGCGAAGUCAAAGAAAUGCUGAAAAGCUACCCCAAAGGUAGAGUGAUCUUGACGCCCAAUGUGGUAGAAUUCAAAAGACUAUGUGAUGCCAUAGGCAAGAAGGGAGACUCUCACUCCGAGAUGGGCAGCUUGAUCGCCCAGGAAUUGAAUUGUAUUGUGGUGGAGAAAGGUCAGUCAGAUAAGAUAUUCUCACCCGAUAGUGAAAAAGACAUGUUGACGAACAGCGAAGAGGGCAGCAACAAGAGGGUAGGAGGCCAAGGUGAUACUUUGACAGGAGCUAUAUCAUGCAUGCUUGCAUUUAGUCGUGCAAUGUAUGACUUUAAGAUUUGUGAGCAGGAAGAAAAGGGAGAAUCUUCUAACGAUAAACCCUUGAAAAACUGGGUAGACUACGCUAUGUUGAGUUGCUACGCAGGCUGCACAAUUACACGAGAAUGCUCCCGCCUAGGAUUUAAGGCUAAGGGACGUGCAAUGCAGACGACAGAUCUAAAUGACCGUGUCGGUGAAGUGUUCGCCAAACUUUUCGGUUAA